UCCAGGGUUCAGUGUUGAGUUGUGCUUUUUGUUUCUUCGGCUUAUGAUGCUCAUUUUUGGUGAAGUCUCUGCUAAUGGUGAUAGAAAUGGGUAUAUAUUACCUGGUUUUGUAUAUCGAAGCUACAUUUUGUGGGUUUCCUGUGUUUUUUGAAGUUUUGGUUAAAUUCCGGCUUUUUUUUGUGGGUCUUUUCCCAUUUUCAGACUGUUGUUUUAUCACAUUCGGAGUUUAUGUUGACUUUAGUGUGUAGAUCCUGACAUAUUUUGGAUCAUUUGAGUGAUACGAGGACUUAUUUGGUUGUUUAAUGUAGUGAUCACAAGGAUUCUGUUGGGGUUUUUUGGGGCAUUUUCACUUAAUGGUUGUAAGGGGCUUUUUGUGAUUUCUGGUUUGUUUUAGCACAAUGGGUAAAUCUCCGGCCAAAUGGCUGAAAACAGUUCUUUUUGGCAAAAAAUCCUCAAGAUCUCAAGCUUCAAAAGGAGCUUUGAAAGGUGAGAAAGAGAGGUUGAGUACUGGAAAGGGUUCGUCCAUUGAUUUGGCAGCUAACUCACCCACGAUAUCAGAACCAAUUCCUGUCAUCACUGACAGAAAUGGACAGAACCUGGAGCCGGAAAAGUUAAACUCGGGAGGUUCAUGCAAUGAAGGGAUCUCACAGCCUUCGAACCAAACUAUGGGAAGACCAGAAGAGAGUUUAGCUUCUGAUGUGACUGGCAAUUUGGAUAAAACAAGGGAGGUAGAAGCUGCAAUAAAGGCACAGGCCGCUUUUAGAGGCUACCUGGCUCGCCGAGCUUUUCGGGCUCUCAAGGGUAUCAUAAGGUUACAGGCACUUGCCCGUGGGCACAUGGUGAGAAGACAAGCUGUUGCAACUUUGCUCUGCUUGCAUGCAAUUGUGAAGUUACAGGCCCUGUUUCGUGGGCGAAAGGUUAGGCUCGUUGGUCCUGGAUCAAAAAAAUACAGCAAGGCCACAUCCUCGGAUGCUAAGAAGUUCAACACCUCUCUAAGGACCUCCGCUCAAACAGAGAAAUUUCUAGCGAAUGCCUUUGCUCAUAAGCUUCUGGUGAGUUCAACCAUUGCAGCACCUCUACGCAUUCAAUACAAUGAUGCCAAUGCUGCAUGGCUCUGGCUUGAACGCUGGAACACUAUUCGCCUUCGGGAACCCCCUCUUAAACCAAAGAAGGCCAAUGAUGCAAAGCCUCAACCUCCCACCAAUUCAGUGAGGACCAAGCGGGGUGUGCGAAGGAUUACUUCAAGCCCCGAUCCAUCUCCAACCCAUGUUGGUUCUGAGCCUGAGAAGCCAAAACGUACCUUAAGAAAAGUCACUACUCAUUCAACAGAACCUGUAUCAGAAACCUCCCCUCAAACCGAGCUUGAAAAGGUGAAGCGAAGCCUUCGAAAGGUCUCCAAUUCAGUCCCUGAAGCUCCUCCUUCUUCUUUGGAUUUGGUCGAGGCUGAACCUGAGAAGCCCAAGCGAGUCACUAGAAAAGCACCGAUUCCAGCUCCUGACACGUCAGAAAAUAUGGAACCUGAACUUGAGAAGAAAACCAUAACAACCACUCCUCCUCGUCAACUUGAAAAGAAAACCAUAACGUCCAGUUCUCCUCCUCCUCUCCAAGUCGAAACCCAAGCUGCAAAACCGGCAGAUGAUAUACCUGAUUGUUUGCAUGCAGAGCAACAAACAGUUGAAUUGCUUGAAGUAGUACCCUCAGUUUUAGUGGAGAAUGAGGCGCAAGCAGGGACGAAUGGGGAAAUGGGUGUCAAGGAAGAACAAGUAACUGUUGAGAAUACAAAGACUAGUCGGAGGAGGGCCUCUCUUCCAGCUAAGGGAGAGUAUGGAGAAAAUGGUUUGCAAAGCAAUAGCCCCAAUGUUCCUAGUUAUAUGGCGGCCACUGAGUCGGCAAAGGCAAAGCUUCGUGGACUGAGUUCUCCAAGGUUUAGCACGGAGGGUGGAGAGAGAAAUGGUGUAACCAGAAGGCAUUCACUUCCUGCUGGUGCUGUCAAUGGGAAAGUUAGUGCUCUGUCCCCAAGGACUCAGAGGCUUGUUCAAGCAAGUGGGAAAGGUGGAAGGGGCGACAGGUCUUUGCUCUCCUCUAGGGAUGGAAAUGAGAAGGUGUUGGUUCAAGCAGAGUGGAGAAGGUAAUUUUAUGGAAAAUGACUUUCAGAUGCAAGAAGCCAGAUCUUCUCUUCACCAUGGUAACAGUCACUAAUUCGCUGCUGAGCUGUCUUAUUUAAAGCUGUAAAAUUCUCUUGUGAAAAACCUGAAAUCUCAAUAACAGUUUGUGUGGUGUGCAUGUGAUCUCAUUUAUAUUUCUAGGGUUUGGGUUUUGUGAUUAUGGUGUAUACUACAGUUAAGAGGCUUGUUUUGGUGGCGGUUUUGCAUUGUCUUUGAUUGUUUGCCUCCCCUUGUUUCUCACAAUAUUUCGCAGACUCUUGAGUGAAUAUCAGCUCGUGUUUCUUGUAUUUGAUCGUUUUCAUCAUUUGCUUAAUCUUAUGUCAA